AUGUCUCUUGCUCCUCCAGCUGACUUGAAAAAUGAUCCAGGCGACUUUGAAGAGGCUUUCCGCGUGGUGAAGGUUGACCACAAUACCUGGGUGGGAGCCCAUCCAUUAAGACUCCCUAUAGCUGGAGCUAGAGGUGUUUAUGGAGGCCACACUUGUGCCCAAACGCUUUUGGUGGCCAUGGAAUCUGCACCAGGGUUCGUUCCACACUCGUUUCAUUCCCACUUUAUCAAGGCUGGCUCCCAUAAGAUUCCGUACACUUACAAAGUGACGAGGUUACACGAUGGUAAAACCUUCUGUAUGAGAGAAAUCAAGGUGAUCCAGAAGGACGUCAUUAUUUACACGGCAUUGAGCUCAUUGAAGAAGAAGGGAUCGAGGGUGACCUCGGGUGACUUGAAUAUCCAACAUCCACCUCCACCGUUGACCAAGAAGUACCCUGAUCCUAGCCAACUCCGGAAAAUCACCCAUACCGACUUUGUUCGUAAUGCUUUCUCUCCAGAAUUCAUUGACUACAACCUCACGCCAGAAGAAGAUAACUUAAGAGCCGCCGAGAGGUGGAUUACUGUGUGGAGCGGGCUCCAACAACCCAAGAAGGACCAAAUGAACGACCCUCGGUAUAACUACGUAGGGUUGGCAGAUAUUUCAGACUCUGCGUUAUUGACUACGUUGGCUCGUGUUUUACAUCUUCAUUGGAACCCCACUGUGGACAAUCCGUAUGAAAGUUUUGAUGAAGACAAGGACGCCAGAAACAUCAUGAACGUUACGUUGAAUGCCUUGCAUAUUUUCCACUACAACGCCAUGUCGCUCGACCACCAUCUCUACUUCCACGGUGACGAUUUCAAUGCAUUCAACAUCGUUAAAGACUGGUUGACGUUGACGUACCAAUUUAAGGUUUUACGAAACAACAGGGCCUUGGUCCGCGGCUACUUCUACAAUAAGGAAGGUAACUGUGUAGCCACGGUUAUCCAAGAAGGCUUAACGUACAUGAGACCAGGAGUUCCAAACAAGCACAGAAUAUAA